GUAGUAGCAGAAAUAAGUUCUUGAUGUAAUAAUAGUACUCUGUAAUAAUUAUGGAAUUUUGAAGUAAGCACAUUUUUAAUCAUACCUGUACCCACUCACCAAGUUUCAACCUUUUUUUAUCAUAAAAUACUUUCCUCUUUUCUCCUUUCAUUCAAAUUCUUCGAAGAAAGUAGUGGUACAUUUAUAAUUCAAAAAAAUCAAUUUUUUUUAGAAGCUUUAUAUCCGUGUCAAAGAUUUUCACAUUUGGAGCCCUGAAACGAAAAUGGGUGCUUCAAUUUUGGUGUUCCUAGCUGCUUUGGUAACUGCCCUUUUGCAGGAUUCCUCUCUUGCCCUCUCUCCAGAUGGUCUUACACUGUUGGAAGUGAAAACCAGUUUAAAUGACAGUAAGAACUUUCUGAGGAACUGGAAUGCUAUUGAUGAAUUUCCAUGUAAAUGGACUGGUAUUACUUGCAGCCAACUAGACCAAAGAGUGAUAUCUAUAAACCUACCAUACAUGCAGCUUGGAGGAUUUAUACCCCAUAGCAUUUGUAAACUCGACAAAUUGCAAAGACUGGCACUUCAUCAGAAUAGUCUUCAUGGUUUCAUUCCUAAUGAGAUUGCACAGUGUUCUGAACUCAGAGCCCUGUAUCUUCGAGCUAAUUAUUUUCAAGGAGGAAUACCUUCAACUAUUGGAAACGUUUCUAUGUUGACUAUAUUGGAUUUAUCUAGCAAUACACUGAAAGGUGCUAUACCUUCUUCUCUAGGUCGUUUAACACGUCUAUCAUAUCUAAAUUUGUCAUCAAACUUCUUGUCUGGCGAAGUACCAGAUGUUGGAGUGCUAAGCAAGUUUGGAAGCAAAUCGUUUAUUGGUAAUCUAGAUCUGUGUGGCCAACAAGUAAACAAACCUUGUCGAACUUCACUUGGUUUUCCUGCUGUAUUGCCUCAUGCUGAAAGUAACGAAGCAACAGUGCACAAGCAAUCCUCCCAUUACAUCAAAGGUAUUGUGAUUGGUGCAGCAUCCAUGUUAGGCUUUGGGGUUAUUUUCCUUGGUUUUCUCUUGGUUUGGCUGCUGACGAAGAAGGAGAGAGUCGCAAAAAAAUACACAGAAGUGAAAAAACAAGUCCAUCAAGAAGCAAGAGCCAAGCUCAUAACUUUCCAUGGAGAUCUUCCAUACCCUUCGUGUGAGCUUGUCGAGAAGAUUGAGUCUCUUGAAGAGGAAGAUGUUGUUGGAGCUGGAGGUUUUGGAACUGUUUAUAGAAUGGUUAUGAACGACUGUGGAACUUUUGCUGUCAAAAAGAUUGACCGGACAAGACAAGGCUCUGAUCAAGUAUUCGAGAGGGAGCUCGAGAUCUUAGGUAGUGUGAAGCACAGAAAUCUAGUAAACCUAAGAGGCUACUGCCGCCUCUCUACAGCAAGGCUCCUUAUAUAUGACUACUUGGCCAUGGGCAGCUUGGACUAUUUCUUGCACGAUAAUAUCCAUGAAGAGCAUCAGCUGAACUGGAAUGCUCGCCUAAAGAUAGCUAUCGGCUCUGCUAGAGGAGUGGCAUAUCUGCACCAUGACUGCUCUCCGAAGAUAGUCCAUCGUGAUAUAAAAUCGAGCAACAUCCUUCUUGAUGAAAACCUCGAGCCCCAUGUCUCAGACUUCGGCCUUGCUAAGCUGCUGGUGGACGAGGAGGCUCAUGUCACGACUGUGGUUGCAGGCACAUUUGGCUAUUUGGCUCCAGAGUACUUGCAGAGCGGUAGGGCAACAGAGAAGUCGGAUGUGUACAGCUUUGGCGUGCUGCUGCUGGAGCUAGUGACGGGAAAAAGACCAACGGAUCCAACGUUUGUGCAGAGGGGGCUGAAUGUGGUGGGCUGGAUCAACACACAGAAUCGAGUGGAGGACGUAGUGGAUAGGAGGUGCAGGGACGCAGCAGUGGAGACGGUGGAGGUGCUAGUGGAGAUAGCAGCGAGAUGCACAGAUGCGGACCCGGAGGAGCGCCCCACAAUGCAGCAAGUGCUGCAGAUGUUGGAGCAGGAAGUGAUGUCGCCAUGCCUCAGUGAGUUCUACGAGUCGCAUUCUGAUAAAUGUUGAUCAUUGUUUUUGCUGUGGUUGCGUAAAUAUACUAUCCCUUCGACUCGUGACUGUAAAUUAAUGCAUUUCACUCGAGUGUGAAUGCACCAUUUUGCCGCACAACAAUCAUUGUACAUUCAUCUGUCUUAGCUUUGAUUUCUGCUACUAGUCGCGGUUUAUGCAGUGUUUUAGACCAUAGUUGACUCGAGUUAUCAAUCUACCAGUUAAAAGAGAAAGAGAAAUGUCUUAUAAAUUGAGUGAUUCAUGCUUCUUUGUUAUAAAACACAUCCCAUAUUUACUCUCAUGAUACAAGAUAAAGGGAGAUUGAUACAAGUCUUAUACUAUUAUUAUUUAGUUUAGAUAUAUUAGGGAUUUGCAUA